UGUGUGUAGAUGCUAAGCUAACUGGCUUUAAGCUAGCUAAUCGUGUGCUGCUGGCGUUGCUAAGCUAAUCAGCUGUGGUGGUUAGCUUGUGAUUGCUAAUUGGCGAACUACGUUUUAAAAUUACGUUUAUCAUUAUUUUUCCAUUGUCAAACCAAAGGACUUUUAAGAUUACUGCGUCAAAGGGUGUCCUAAACGCUUGCAAAUACUUCCCCAUGCACUCUUUAACUAAAUAUGUAUAUACGAAACAAUGUUGUACUAAUACUGGCGUUUACCAGUGUAGUAAAUCGUUAAUUGUGUAAUUUCACGGGGGAGACUCGUUUCUCGGAAAAGCCUCUUUUGCAUUUUGACCUCCAGUUUCCUGUGAGCUUCUUCACAUAUUAAGAGUCAAAAGGAAGACAAGACACUCUUUUGUCUUCUUCCUCUUUGUUUUACCACUAGAAUACAGUAAGGAGGAGACUUUUUCUUACAUUAAAAGUGAACUAUCAUUUCUGUACAGCAAAAAUAUCUACAUAUAGUGGUGUGAAAAAGUGUUGGCCCCCUUGCUGAUUUAUUUUUGUACGUUUGUCACACAAGUGUUUCAGAUCACCAGACAAAUUUAAUCAGUCAAUGGCAACACAACUUAACACAAAAUGCAGAUUUUAAAUGAAGCUUUUUCUAAUAAUUAUUAAUCAAAUCACUUGCACAAGUCACCUCAUUUAAAUAUUGAUCCUUUGCUUUCUUUUUGAGUGUCACAUUGAAUCCAUCACUAACAAAUUUAAGUUGUAACCUAGCCACACUCUACCGUUGUGUAAAAAUGGUUUACCUUCAGAUCAGAAAAAGAAUUGUCUCUGAAUUAUUACUUCCUAUUCUGGACUAUGCUGACAUUGUUUAGCAGUACACAUUUUAAACAUACUGUACCUCCAACCUCUAAAUGUCAUUUACAAUAGUCGAUGCAGAUUUACUAUUAGGUGCCCAUAUCGAACUCAUCACUGCUCCUUGUAUGAAUCUGAACUGGUUACCUCUAAAUAGAAGACAUUACCAAUGGCUCCAAUUUACUUUGAAAUACAUUCACUUAAACAGUCCCCCUUAUCUAAAACAAAAUUUAAUCCCUUUCACAUCACCAUACCCUCUCAGACACACUCACCUUUUUCUUUGUUUCUAAAACUAAAAGAAUUUGACAGGCAUGCUUUGAAAUGUAAAGCUCCAUCAACAUUGGAACUAUUUACCAAACAAUAUACGUAUAAUCAAUUCGCGUAAUCUUUUCAAGAAUUCCAUAUUUUGCUUUCUUAAAACAUUAUGUAAUUGCUUUUAAUGGUUGUGGUGAUAUUAAUUGUGGAAUAUUUUAGUAUAUUAGUGCUUUUGCUGUUCUGUGGAUGGUGUAGUAAUGGUGUGAUAUGUUGUUAUAUAGUAUCGCCAUUACUACUGCCUUAAUAAUGUUAAUGUUGACAUUAUUGCUAUGGCUGGUACUAUACUAUGUGCUUUGUGUGGGUACUGUAGGCUUGUGGAAAUGUGGGGGUGGGGUGGUAACUUUGAGCCUGUGUAUGCUUGUGACUGUGUUGUAUGUUUUAUGUUGGACCCCCCCCUUGAAAAAGGGGUGGUUCAUCUCAAGGGGCUAUCCAUCAAUAAAUUUGUUCAAAUUAUUAAGGGAGAAAAAAAUCCAAACCUACAUGGCCCUGUGUGGAAAAAAAUGAUUGCCCCCUAAGACCUAAUAACAUGUUGGGCCACCCUUAGCAGCAACAACUGCAAUCAAGCGUUUGCGAUAACUUGGAAUGUCUCUUACAGUACAGCGCUGUGAAGGAAUUUUGUCCCACGCAUCUUCGCAGAAUUGUUGUAAUUCAUCCACAUUGGAGGGUUUUUGAGCAUGAACCACCUUUAUAAGGUCGUGUCACAGCAUCUCAAAAGGAUUCAGGUCAGGAAUUUGACUAGGCCACUCUAAAGUCUUCAUUUUGUUUGUCUUCAGCCAUUCAGUGGUGGACUUGCUGGUGUAUUUUGGAUCAUUGUCCUGCUGCAGAACCCUUGAGGAUUUUUUGGUAGACUGCAGAAUUCAUGGUUCCAUUUGUCACAGCAAGUCAGCAAAACAGUCCUAGACCGUCACACUACCACAGCAAUAUUUUACUGUUGGUAUGAUGUUCUUCUGAAUUGCGGCGUUGCAUUCAGGCCAAAUGUAAUGGGACACACACAUUCCAAACAGUUCGACUUUAGUAUUGGAUUUAUUUUCCCAAAGGUCAUCAAGAUGUUUUCUGGCAAAAUUGAGACAAGCCUUAAUGUUCUUCUUGUUCAGCAGUGGUUUUCGUCUUGGAACUCUACCAUGCAGGCCGUUUUUGCCCAGUGUCUUCUUUUGGUGGCGUCAUGAACACUGACCUGAGCUGAGGCAACUGAGGCCUGCAGUUCUUUGGAUGUUGUUGUGGGGUCUUUUGUGACCUCUUGGAUAAGUCGUCGCUGCGCUCUUGGGGUAAUUUGGUUGGCCGGUCACUUCUGGGAAGGUUCUCCCCUGUUCCAUGUUUUCACCAUUUCUAGAUAAUGGCUCUCACUGGUUUGCUUCAUAACAUUUUCCAGAUUUACAAAUCUCUAUUAAUCUCAAUUAAGUUAUGUUUUAACAUGGGGGGAAUGGCUUUUUUUACACAGGGCGAUGUAGGUUUGGAUUUUUUUUCUCCCUUAAUAAGUUUCAUUUAAAAACUGCAUUUUGUGUUCAAUUAUGUCGUCAUUGUCCAUUUGUUUGAUGAUCUGAAACAUUAAGUGUGACAAACAUGCAAGACAUAUAAGAAAUCAGGAGGAGGGCAAACACUUUUUCACACCAUAUAUUUUAUAUAUCUAUAUUGUCUUAAAAGUAAAUACAAGAGAACCUUGUUUUUUUCCAUACAUUGUUGUUUGUUAGCCUAAUAUCACUAAGCUAAAGCAGUUCAGUUAAAUUCUUGAUUGUGCUUUUUUUUGGACCAAAUACUAAAAAGACAUUACAGAGCUUUGUUGUCCCCAUGAUUGCUAAAGUAUUUUUGUUUUCUUCUCUCGCUCUGGACUUAGAUAGAUGGUAUGUUUUCCAGGAACCAGUCUUAUAUGUUCUACAUGGCAGAAACGAAGCGUGUUCUUGCUUGUUUACAGUUGAGCUCAUAGAAGAAUGCAACAAGUGUCAUCUCCAGGCUUCCAGGCUCCAGAACACGUCUUCAACCUCGCUACCAGACAGCCCUAUGUUCUGAGUUGUUAUCUUUCUUUGCGUCAAGCUGAGUCACGGUGGUGCGCCUGUGCCAGAACCCCAAGUUGGCGCUGAAGAACAGCCCCCCAUACAUCCUGGACCUACUGCCAGACAUGUACCAGCACCUGCGCACAAUCCUGUCACGCUACGAGGGCAAAAUGGAGACUCUGGGAGAGAAUGAGUACUUUCGAGUCUUCAUGGAGAACCUGACCAAGAAGACCAAGCAGACCAUCAGCCUUUUCAAGGAGGGCAAGGAGCGCAUGUAUGAGGAGAACUCGCAACCCAGGCGCAACCUCACCAAGUUGUCGUUGAUCUUCAGCCACAUGCUGGCCGAGCUGAAGGCCAUCUUCCCCAACGGUCUGUUUCAGGGCGACAACUUUCGCAUCACCAAGGCCGACGCCGCGGAAUUCUGGAGGCGCGCCUUCGGGGACAAGACCAUUGUGCCUUGGAAGGUGUUCCGUCAGUCCCUCCACGAAUUUCAUCCAAUUAGCUCCGGUCUGGAAGCCAUGGCCCUCAAAUCCACCAUCGACCUCACCUGUAAUGACUACAUCUCCGUCUUCGAGUUCGACAUCUUCACCAGGCUUUUCCAGCCCUGGUCAUCCCUUUUGCGGAACUGGAACAGCUUGGCAGUUACUCAUCCAGGCUACAUGGCCUUCCUCACUUAUGACGAGGUCAAAGCACGGCUGCAGAAGUUCAUUCACAAGCAUGGCAGUUACAUCUUCAGACUGAGCUGCACCCGGCUCGGCCAGUGGGCCAUCGGCUACGUGACUGCAGAUGGAAACAUUCUCCAGACCAUUCCUCACAAUAAACCUCUCUUUCAGGCUCUCAUAGAUGGCUUCAGGGAAGGAUUCUAUUUAUUCCCAGAUGGCCGGACCCAAAAUCCAGACUUGACGGGACUGUGCGAGCCUUCUCCUCAAGACCACAUCAAAGUCACACAGGAGCAAUAUGAGCUCUACUGUGAGAUGGGCUCCACCUUCCAGCUGUGCAAGAUCUGUGCAGAGAAUGACAAGGAUGUGAAGAUUGAACCCUGUGGUCAUCUCAUGUGCACUUAUUGCCUCACUGCAUGGCAGGAGUCGGAGGGUCAAGGCACCGGCUGCCCGUUCUGCCGCUGUGAGAUUAAAGGUACGGAGCCCAUUGUGGUGGAUCCCUUUGACCCCAAGGACAACAGUGGGGGCUCCUGCAGGGGCAUGUUCGGGGCCGAGGGCGCUCCGUCUCCCAGCUACGACGACGACGAUGACGACAGACUUGAAGACCCCCACCUCAUGAUGAGCAAACUCGCUUGCACAAAGGUGGAACGCCCCCCAUCGCCCAUGUCCAUGGCUCCUCAGUCUUCCCUUCCACCUGUGCCGCCCAGACUAGACCUGCUUCCACACAGACCCCCCAACCCGCCUGGCGCCUCCAGUCCCGGAGUCACGACAAAGGUAGCAUCUCAUCACAAAGACAAGCCCCUCCCACUCCCCCCAGCACUGAGGGAUCUCCCCCCUCCCCCACCUCCCGAUCGCCCUCACGUGGCCGCCCCAUGCUCGGAUGGUCGCAUGCAGAGGCGUCCCUUACCUUGUACACCCGGCGAGGCCCCUCGAGAUAAACUCCCACCAGCGCCCCCAAACCGGCCGCCCGCUGACUGGAACUCCCGGCCCGUCCCCAAAGCCCCAACUUCUUCCUCCUCCUCUUCUUCAUCAUCCUCAUCUUCUUCGUCCAGCCAAGUUUCCGUUGUGGACCUCCGUACAGGUGUCAGGGAGCUCUCCAACCGACACUCACUCCCUCUGGCGCUGCCCUCUACUCUCAUGGACACGCGCACAGACCCACAGAAGAACAACUCCAUCAGUUUGGACCAUCAGCUGAACUUUGUCUCCGUGGUUGGUCACGAUUUCGACAACCCUAAAGUCAAGCCAUCAUCCUCCGCCAAUGCCAUCUACUCACUGGCAAGCAGACAGCCUUCAGCCCUGAGGCCACUGGCAGCUGAGGAGGCCCGCGACAGUGAGGAGGAGUCGGAGUACAUGAUCCCAUCCUCUCGCCCCGUCCUACCCCCCAUCACAGCGCCGUCUAUAGGAGAGAGCCCUCCAGUCCCGAGACCCCCUCAGCCUCUGUAUACCUUCCAGAUGCAGACGCAAGGCGCUGCCACGUUCAACCCACGGCCCGCACUGACUGACCUAGAGGACGGCCCUCCAAUGUAUGAAGCCAUGUACAACAUCCAGGCCAGGUCGCAGCAAGCCAGGGAUUCAGAUUACUCCGAGCUGCCCCCUCUGCCCGUGACCAAUGGCCCCCGGGAGCCUUCAGUCGAGGACAGGGAAGACGAGGACAACGGCUACGACUACCCCAAACCCCGACUGCCAAUGCCGCCCACCCGACGGCCCCUUUCAGAACUGGGAGGGCCAUCCGCGUCGACUGCAUCCUCCUCGUCGAGCUCGUCAUCUGGAGCAGCUUGCAUGUCAGAUCCCAUUGAAGCGCCUGAGAGACCCCCCAAGCCUCUCCCCAGACGUAUCAACUCAGAGCGCCGCCACAGCCCCGUCCCGCCCGUCCCGCCCGUCCCCGUCCCACCCGGCUGCGGGGCGAUGGGAAGAGGAGACGUCAACCUUCAGAUUAGCAGCGAGAUCGAGCAUCUGAUGAGUCAGGGCUACUCUUACCAGGACAUCCAGAAAGCACUAAUGAUUGCACAGAACAAUAUCGAGAUGGCCAAGAACAUCCUGCGGGAGUUUGUCUCCAUUCACUCCACCGCGCACAUUCUCACAUAGCGCUCUUUGGGGUCUUCGGCCGGCUCACUUGGCUCGGGUCCUUUUUUGUUUUGUUUUAAAGGUCGGCCUGCAGCGCCCACCUUCUCCUUGGUGCUUGCCCUCCAUGCCCAAAGCUCUUUCAGCCAGCCAUCACCUCUCAAACUUCCUUUUUUUUUUUUUUUAAAGGAGCAUCUCACCAGACAUGAGGACAAGGUUACAUUUUGGAAGCCCCUUGCUGAAAAAUGUAACCAACACCUCAAAAAAAAUGUAUGUCUAUAUAAAAGUUUAAUAUAUGGGUAAAUGUAUAUUAAAUGUGUGUAAUAUAUACAGUCUGUAUGUGAAACGAUGUCCGCUUGCAGGGUCGCUGUUUGUACAAGCGUACAAAUGCACACGUGGGGGUUGACAGGAUAGACACCGUGUGUGUGUGUGUGUGUGUGUGUGUGUGUGUGAGAGAAUGAAUGAACAAACAAUUAAGGCCAAAAUGAUUAAUAGCCUGGUCAAAUUUUGAGUUAAAAGUGUUUGGGGUUUUUUUUGCGUGUGGAAUGGUUGGAAAUGAGACAGAAAAGUGGUAAAAGAUGAUGAUGCUUAAUUUUUUAGAAUUAUUUUUGCAUUUUGACAAAAAUGUCAAUAGUUAAUUAGAAGGUCUUUUUUUAGAAGGUCUGUUUUUUUUCCCCCAUCAUGGAAUGUAAAUGAAAACCAAACUACAGUUAAAAUGUAUCAGUUUGGUGUUUAAAAUACUUUAUUUUUCUCAAGGCACUGUGUCUCCCCUGAAAUCGUCGUCUACAUACAGACUAAAUAAAAUAAGAUAUAUAUUCUAAAUAUAUGCAUGGAUUAAUCAUACAAAUAUAAAUGUAUUAAAAAUUCACUGAAAUUUCACAUUUCUGAAAUAUUUACUGUAAUUAACUUCAUAUGACACAAGCCAAUUACAGUGGAACCUUUAAUUCGCUCCAGAAGUUCCGACUCUAACUGAAACAGGUGCUAAUUGAAUAAACGGUUCCCAUAAGAAAUCAUGGAAAUCCAAUUAAUCCGUUCCAGGAUGCCAAAAACGUGAAGACAAAAUGUUUUUAUAGUUUCACCAUUAGCUUUACAUGCAGUAAACAAUUCCAAAUGCAUAUAAAUAAUGAAAGGGAUAAAUGAAGAUUUAAAGUUUCUUUUACCUUCAUUGAAGGCGUGAUUCUUGAUGUGACUUCCAAAGACACGAUGUGGCAGCGAGACACCACACACACCGACAAGCUGUUGUGCCAUCCAUCUUCCAUGCCGCUCAUUAGGGUUGCGGGUAUGCUGGAGCCUAUCCCAGCUGACUUCGGGCAAGAGGCGGAGUGCACUCUGGACCGGUCGCCAGCCAAUCGCAGGGCACAUAUAGACAAUCAUUCACACUCACAUUCAUACCUAUGGACAAUUUAGAGUCUCCAAUUAACCUAACAUGAAUGUUUUUGGAAUGUGGGAGGAAACCCUAUUUAGGACCAGGUUUUAAACCCCGAAUAUGCGGGUGAGCUAGCCGUCUAGCAUGUGUUCUUGAAUUCAGUAGUGUUUCUCAAUAACCCGAAAAUUAAGCCACAAAGUUUCACGUGCCAGCAUUUUGAUAAACAAGGUGAAAAACACUUGAACUAACUCAUGUCUGUUGUCUCACUGCCACAUCGUGUCUUUGGGAACACAUCAAGAAUCACAUCUUCAGUGAAGGUAAAAGUAACCUUAGAUGUUGAUUUAUCCCCUUCAUUCAUCAGUUAUAUGCAUUUAAAAUUGUUUUGUGUGUGUAAAACUAUAAAAACAUGUUUUAUGUUAACAUUUUUUAGACUUUUGUUCCAUUUGCCAUUUUGUAACGAGCUAGCUUCUUAGAACAGGCAAAAUUUGGGCGUAAAUUUGCGACGUUAACUGAAAAACAUGCUAACCGAGGUUCCACCGUAAUUUCUCUGGGAGACUAAUCUAAAUAUCAAAAUAAAUGGAAGUGACACAUUCCUUGCUGAAAUAUUAUUGAUUAACUUACCUAAUACACCACAAGCCACGUGUUAAAAGCUAAACCGUGAUGGCAUGCCGAGGUAACAAUGGCAUUGUGUCGUGCCAUUUUCACUAGUAAUUUUGUGAAAAUGCCGUUGAUAUCUAAAAUAACUUUGUUAUCAAGUGUUUUACCACUUUUUGUGUGUUACUUCCAGCUAUAUAAGCCAGUUCAACAAAUUAAAAUUGACUUAAUUCAGGUUAUGAAUCAUUUGGAGCGUGUGGAAACAGUUCAUUAACAACCGUGCUUUGUUUCCCAAUGCCAACUUGUGUGUGUGUGUGAGAUGUUUACAUUAAUGAAUGAAUGAAUGAAAUGUUGACCACCGUGUUCUACUCCGACCCGAGGUGGCUGAAUCUUAAUAUUUUUUUCCCUCCUGUCUUGUGCGACAUCAUCGUCUGACUGGUUCAGGGUUGGCUCUCCAGCUCAGAGCGGUGUUAUGAUACAAAAACAAAACUAUUGUCAUUGAUUUCCCUUUUGGUAAUAAUCUAAAUAUUGUUGUAAUGAAUUCAGAAGUGCUUCACUGCUGCUAUUAUUAUUAGAUGAGUGUUAAAGCCUUAAAUGUACAUUUGUGAAUAUUUUGUGUUCUGGUCCUUUAAAGUGACAGUAUCGCCAUUCAAUGUAGCAUACUUGAACGUACAAGCAGCUUGAGAGCUGUUGCAGUGUUUAAUCUUUCUUUUCUGUCAACAAGCUCCUGUAGAAAUGGGCAACAGUCUCUCUGUGAUAAGCAGCAUUAGGGCCGGUUCGAGGAAAAAACUCAGGAAGAGUCUUUGAAGUCACACUUGUAGCCUUUUUUUUCUUUCUUUUGCACAUUGUUUUCCUUUUCCACCUAUGAGCAGACUACAGCUUAGCCUCCAGGUACUUUGAGGUGCAGCAUAUAUGAAGAAUGUGUGUGUGUUUUUUUUUUUUAAAGAGAGGCAUGUCAUCCAUUUCUGCUUUUCCGUUCCUCGUUGCCUUCAGAAAUGAAUGACAACAGCGUGUCAUUCUUAUUGUUUAUUGAUUCACACACACGGCAUAUAUACCAAAUUGUGCUCUGAUGCUGUCACUCUAAAGGAGCUGGUGGUUGUAGAACAGAAAAAGAAUGCUGUUUUUCUCAUUUUACAUUCCUUUUUGGUCCAAAGGUUUUGUUUACUUCUGUGAAUAAUUCUCAUAAGCAGUGCCAUUUGUGUUGAGAUUAUGUUUAUAGAUGGAGGCCUUUUGUUUUGAAAGUGUCUUAUGUGUGUGUGCUCUGCAGGAGCUUCAUCUAUGAGCACCAGGCCUCAGCCUCCUGCUGUGAGCCAAAACGAUGAACCAUUACCGGAUGUGUAGCUCUCCCCCCUCCCCACCCAAUGUGUGCAAGAUGAGGUCAAUAUGUGCUUUUUGGCCACAAGAGGGAGCUGUUGUUCCACAACUUAGAAAGAAAAAGGCAUCCAUCAACUUUACCAUUGUUUUUAAAGCUCAUAUCAAAUUGGAGGAAUGCACAGUGCUGUUAAUAAAAUUGUAAG